AUCGUGCCGUCCGUCCUCUGACCAUCGUUCUGGCACCUGGCAAUUGAAGUGGAGGAUCCUCACUUUCAUCCUCCUGCAUCAGUCAAUGAUGAAUGGCUGACCGGAAAGAGGGAAAGAAAAAAACCAUGCAAUGAUCAUAUCUCAAGGUCAAUGGGCACGGCCUCACCUCAUCAAUCGCCUCAUCUGCCUCCAUGACUGCACCGACCACCAACACAACGGUUUUUGGCCCGACGACGAGAUUGUACUUCCUCCACGUUGCUCACGAGAUUACCGACGCCCGUCUCAACUGACGGACUGUGCCCAAACGUCAAGUUUGCCGUCACUGUCCAUCACCGCGGUCAUACCCUUCGAGACGUCUUUCGCUGCUAAAUUGCAAAACAUAGAUCCCCUACCGUCUCUUGCUCGCCGCCACGGACCGCCCGCUCAGAUACUCAGUACAAAGACCACCCGAAGCCCGUGUUCCAUCUGUCGUUCCCAUCCUUCACUUCCCAAGUCCACAGCACACGCUCGGAUCGGAGGCAAGAGGCACCUUACGCACACGACGUCAGAGAAAGAUCCAUCAGCACGUACGCUGGCCGAGGAAAGAAUUAUCCCAACACAGCACGGGAGGGUGUUCAACAUCAUACGCCGAAUACAUACUCGAAAUACAAGCAAUAUCGAUCGAGACAACUCUAUCGAAGGGUAAUACGUCGCAUUGGGCAUAGCAUAUCCAAAAUAGGACGACCCAAGUGCCCCGAGCUCGCUACACCAGAGGGUAACAAUAUCGGCUUACUGAACCGCCUCUGGACCGAUUGGGACCUAGAACACCUCUAUUUUCAUCGUCCAGACCGAAAGGGACACACCCAAGUUACGUCGCUCCAAUCGUGACCCCAAAGGACAACGUGACUGUCGGUAGUCGCCAAGGCACAUACCAAUCGCCCGUCGCCCUUUUCAGCAUUCCUGUUGAUUGUCACAGUCUCAUUAGCCCAUUAUUUGGCUUUUCUUCUUUUCUCUCUUUCUAACGACACUUCUACCAACACGCCCAAAACGUCUCAGGUGAGUCCUAUAAUUACGUAUGACACUUUGCCCGCAAUAUAUCACAGAUCAGAUCAAUGGGACAGUGCUCUGUCCUAUUCUGGUACUUCUGAGUGAGUGGAUCGGAGGGAUCUAGGGCGAUUUCUGCGGAAGAGCGCCAUGACCCUCCUCCACUUAAUACGGCACUGAUCCCUUAAGGAUCAAGGUCCUCUUCAUCAUUUGUUACCUUCCUUCCAUCUUCAACGUCUUUUCUGUACACGGCCGCUGACCAAAGCACGAUGCAGAACUCGAACCAACGCUUUAGCUUUCCUUCAUUCCAGAAGCCUCAGAGCGAAGCUGCCUACCAGCACGCCCUGAGACAACCCCUUCCAUAUCCUGCCAAGGGAGGAAUGGAAAUCGGAGGCCUGUUGAACGCAAGGAAUGCUGCAGCAGCAGACGCUGAACUCAGACGACAAAUACAACAAUCAAUGCAAAUGGAGGGCGGCGUAGCCUAUGCUAUGAGUCAGGCGCCAAAUAUGGCUCACCACCAACCGCACCACAUGCAAGCCCCUGGGAUGCCAUACCUAGGCCAGCCUCAACAUAGUCAUCAACUUUAUGCGCAAAGUUAUAUUCCCCGACACGAUACUCAAACGAUGGUUGACGACAAUUUUGGCGCCAUCAGACAGAAGAAUGAGUCCGCACCGAAGGCAUUUGCAUGUAGCACUUGCCAGAAGGGCUUCGCACGACGCAGCGAUUUAGCGCGGCAUGAGCGAAUUCAUAGCGGUAUUAGACCACAUGCCUGUGAUUUCCCAGGUUGCGGCAAGCAGUUCAUCCAGAGAUCUGCUCUGACCGUCCACAUGCGCGUACACACUGGAGAGAAGCCUCAUAUGUGCGAGCGAUGUGGCAAGCCAUUCUCUGACUCAAGUUCUCUUGCGAGACACCGCAGAAUUCACUCUGGAAAGAGGCCAUACAAGUGCCCUUACGCAAACUGCCAAAAGACGUUCACUCGACGAACGACUCUCACACGCCAUCAAAACCACCAUACGGGUACGAUUGAGCAGGCGGCAGCAGAGACUAAUGCCAAGUUGUCGACCACUCAGCCUCAGAGUCAGUCAAUGUAUGGAUCCACUUCAGGCUCGUCCAGACAUUCCACGGCCUCGCCAGCCGACAGAACGCUAUCGGUUUCUCCCAAUACGGAGCUGCCUCCUACGACCAAUGGCAUGCAGCGGCAAGGGUCAGAGUAUGGGUACCUUGGGCAAAAUCACUCGCUUCCUCCGCAUCUGCGGCCGGAGUUCCAGCAGCAUCCGACUCGCUCGACACCCACCAUGAACGGGCAGCCCCUUCACAACUUUACGAGCGCUCCCCAACAACGGCCAACCACAGCACGCCCGCAAACCUUUGGUCCUCCUCAGCCUAUGGAACCGCCGGCUAGCGGCACAGGCAGCGGCAAUGCUUCUCCUCACAUGAACAACCUUGGCUGGAACUCGCAAAAUCCCGGCAACCUGCCCACCUCAGCUUCAAUGGACAAUUAUGCUUAUCCUGAUCCCGGAUAUGGCGGGCAUCCGCUCUACUACCCUGGAAGCAGCAUUCGCAGGCCUCAGUCCACAGAGCCUGAAGAGUACGGUAUCCGGCCUCGCCACCACAUGGGUCAUCACAUGCCUGUCGCCCCCGAUUGGGGAGCCAUGCCAAUCGCAGUCCAGGACAACCGACAAGAGCGUUAUGUGAUGUAAACCAUUUGACCCGCUCCUGGAACCCACUAUUGAGAAAUAUUGGAAAUGCCUUGGCUUCGCUCUCGAGUCAGGUGCUGCUGUACUUGGACUUGUUCGAUUGCCCGGCCCUUCCGAACGGUUCGGAAGCAGUCGCGCAGAGAGGCCAAAGCGCCGUUUUCAAACCACGAUGCCCAUCUUUCAUACCUGUUUUCAGGGAUCUUUUUAUUCUACAAAUUCGCUUCUGUUGUAUGAUAUUAUUCAACAUCCAAUUAAUAGGCAAGGAACGGGGGAGGGGGAAGAAAACAUGGAGGGGUCAAGGCUGCGGCGCAACAUCGGCAGGGAUGGGAUUGUACAUAUGAUUUUCUUUGCAUCCGGCAACCUACAUGGCGUAAACUGGGAUUUGGGUGGUGUGGGUCAUUUACGAUUGAAAUGUCUGGAGCAAACAAUAGGCUGGGAAAUUUACCAAACAGAAGUCGUCAGAAAACGCACAGGCAUGGUGGCGGUCAAGGCGUGAAGUCUGGAUGACACGAGUGGGAGUUGUAUGAACCUCUAGCUUUUCAUGAUUGGACCAAUUGAUGAUUCUUUGAGAGUGUUACACUCGGACUAUUAGGCUACUAUCGCCUCUUUAAUUGUUUCAUGUUCAGGUGACACUGUCUAUUUUGGGUAGAAUUCUCAAGGACUUCUAGAUGCUCUCUUUCAAUGGCAUCAUAUAUUCAAUUUUUGAC